UCACAACAGAAAACCAUCUCUUCUAGAAGCUGCAUAGCGCAGCUCUUCUUUCUCCACUUCCUGGGUGGUGCUGAGAUCUUCCUGCUCAUAGCUAUGGCCUUUGACAGAUACGUGGCUAUCUGUAAGCCUCUUCAUUAUGCAACCUUAAUGAGGAAAAUGCUCUGUUGGGUCUUGGUGGGGACAGCAUGGGCUGGAGGAUUCACACAUUCAAUCAUCCAGGUUGCAUUUGUUGUUCAUCUUCCCUUCUGUGGCCCCAAUGAACUGGACAACUUCUUUUGUGAUGUUACACAAGUGAUUAAGUUAGCAUGUACCAACACUUACAUACUGGAGUUUAUCAUGUUUGUCAACAGUGGCCUAGUCGUCUUUAUAUGUUUCAUUCUUCUGCUGAUUUCCUACGGUGUCCUGCUAAUCCGUCUGAAAACAGGCCUCUCCAGAGGGAAGAGCAAAGCAGCAUCUACCUGCACCACCCACAUCAUUAUUGUCUUUGUUAUGUUUGGACCAGCUAUAUACAUCUACUGCCGGCCUUUCUGCAGCUUGCCCCUGGACAAGGUGGUGGCUGUGUUCCACACCAUGGUUUUUCCCCUCAUGAAUCCCAUGAUCUACACCCUGAGGAACAGAGAGAUCCUCAGUGCCAUGAAACGAUUGUUGCUGCAGCACUUUCUGGGGAGAGGGAAGUAG